AUGGUAGCGCAGGACAGCAGUGCCCUGGACAGCAGUGCCCAGGACAGCAGUGCCCAGGACAGUAGUGCCCAUGACAGUAGUGCCCAGGACAGCAGUGACCAGGACAGCAGUGACCAGGACAGUAGUGCCCAGGACAGCAGUGACCAGGACAGCAGUGCCCAGGACAGCAGUGCCCAGGACAGCAGUGCCCUGGACAGUAGUGCCCAGGACAGUAGUGCCCAGGACAGCAGUGCCCAGGACAGUAGUGCCCAGGACAGUAGUGCCCAGGACAGUAGUGCCCUGGACAGUAGUGCCCAGGACAGCAGUGACCAGGACAGUAGUGCCCAUGACAGUAGUGCCCAGGACAGCAGUGCCCAGGACAGCAGUGCCCAGGACAGCAGUGCCCUGGACAGUAGUGCCCUGGACAGCAGUGGCCAGGACAGCAGUGCCCAGGACAGCAGUGGCCAGGACAGCAGUGGCCAGGACAGCAGUGCUCAGGACAGCAGUGCCCAGGACAGCAGUGCCCAGGACAGCAGUGCCCAGGACAGCAGUGGCCAGGACAGCAGUGGCCAGGACAGUAGUGCCCAGGACAGCAGUUCCCAGGACAGCAGUGCCCAGGACAGCAGUGCCCAGGACAGCAGUGCCCAGGACAGCAGUGGCCAGGACAGCAGUGCCCAGGACAGCAGUGACCAGGGCAGCAGUGCCCAGGACAGCAGUGCUCAGGACAGCAGUGCCCAGGACAGCAGUGCCCAGGACAGCAGUGCCCAGGACAGCAGUGCCCAGGACAGCAGUGCUCAGGACAGCAGUGCCCAUGACAGCAGUGCCGAGGACAGCAGUACCCAGGACAGCAGUGCUGAGGACAGCACUGCCCAGGACCGCAGUGCCCAGGACAGCAGUGCCGAGGACAGUAGUGCCCAGGACAGCAGUGCCCAGGACAGUAGUGCCCAGGACAGCAGUGCCCAGAACAGCAGUGACCAGGGCAGCAGUGGCCAGGACAGCAGUGCCCAGGACAGCAGUGCCCAAGACAGCAGUGCCCAGGACAGCAGUGCCUAG